AUGAGUACUGAGUCUACACAGAUCCCUGAGCCUAGCACCAACUGCACUCCCAACAAUUCGUUCAAUGCCCUCCUCUUAGGGUACGAUCUUUUGGGCUAUAUAGAUGGAACUCACUCUUGCCCUCCCAAACCAGCCACUACCUCCCCAACAUCACCCCAUGCUCUUUGGGUGCGCCAAGACCAAUUAUCGCUUCAUGCAAUUUUCGCUUUCGUGUUCAAGCGAGUCAUAUCUCUUAUCGCCACUGCCACCACAUCCAAGGUUGCUUGGGACAAACUCAACCAACUCUAUGCCAUCAAGGCUCGAUCUAGAGUCAUGGGCCUCAAGGAGCACAUCUCUCUCAUGCGACAUGACUCCAAACUCGCUGUCAUUGAUGUCCUUCUCUUUGAUGACGAUCUCGUUAUCCACAUCCUUAAUGGCGUCAGCCGAGAGUUCAAAGAAAUUUCAGCCGAUAUCCGUGCUUGUGAUUCGUCUAUUUCUUUCUCUUCAUGA